AUGGUCCUGCCGACUGUUGCAUCUGGCCUAGGAGGCUUCACGAGUACUCAUCUCGGAUAUGGCGGCUAUGGGGGCCUUGGCGGCAUGGGCGCCUAUGGCGGCAUGGGUGCCUAUGGCGGCAUGGGUGCAUUUGGGGGUAUGGGUGCCCUUGGCGGUAUGGGUAUGUAUGGCGGCCUUGGUGGUAUGGGUAUGUAUGGCGGCCUUGGCGGUCUUGGUGGCCUUGGUGGCAUGGGCUACGGUGGUUACGGUGGAAGAACCGGUGGUCUUGGUACUGCCGGGAAACUGGGCCUCAUUGGCGCAGCUGGUGCUGCUGCUGCCGCUGGUGCUGCUGGAGCUGUUGCAGUCGUAGGUGCUGCUCGUGGUUCUUCUGCUACUGGAAGUGAAGGGGCUACGAACGUUGAUGAUGUGACUGGUGCUCCUGGGACUGAUAAGACUUACGACAUUACUACUGCUUUGGGUGAUACCGGCAGUGAUGGUGCUCCUGGCUCGGCUGGCACUGCUGUUACUGAUGACGUGGCUGACACUGUUGGUGCUACUGGUAUUGAUGACAAUGCUGACAUUGAUUCUCCUGCUCACACUGAUGAUCCCACUGACCCUGAUCCUGCUUUUGGCGCUGACGACGCUACUCCCACAGAUGGUGCUGCUGGCACUGCUGACCCUGCGGGGGCUGAUGACAGUGCUGGCACUGAUGAUACUAGCACAGAUGGUGCUGGCAGUGGCUACAGUGGCGACAUCGAUGACUCCACUGGCACUGAUGUAGCUGCUGACACUGUUGGAAGUCCUGGCAGUGAUGGCAUUACUGAAGCUGUUGACAUUUCAAACACAGAUAUACAUGCAGGGAUAUCUCAUAGUGAUCAUAAUCAAUAUGGUUACGAAUAUUAUUACGACGAAACAGAAUACGAGACCACUGAUUCUUAA